AUGGGGCUGGCUUAUAACACCUACCUUAGCAGCAGUAAGAUCUAUGGCUGCAAGGCAUGCAAAGCCCAUCUUGCUAACCAUGAGGACAUUAUCAGUAGAAAUUUCCGUGGUCAGCAUGGCAAGGCCUAUCUCUUCCACAAUGUUGUCAAUAUCGAAACAGGCCCGCCGAACGAACGCAACAUGACUACUGGUCGACAUGUCGUCCGCGAUAUCACAUGUCGCCAAUGCAAGGAGACAGUUGGAUGGAAGUACGAUAAAGCAUACGAAUCAUCGGAGAAGUACAAGGAGGGCAAGUUCAUCCUCGAAGCUGAACUACUUUGCAAUGUUACUUGA